AGAAAACCAAACAUGGCAUCUUCCAUGAGGAGCUUGUUUUCUGACCACGGCAGAUAUGUUGAAUCUUUUCGGAGGUUUCUCAACAAUUCCACGGAACACCAGUGCAUGCAGGAAUUCAUGGACAAGCAGCUACCAGGCAUAAUAGCAAGCAUUGGAGACACAAAUUCUGAAAUUAAGAUUCUAAGCAUUGGUGGAGGUGCAGGUGAAAUUGAUCUUCAAAUUCUCUCCAAAGUACGGGCUCAAUACCCAGGAAUUCGUAUCAACAAUGAAGUUGUUGAACCAAGUGCUGAACAAAUAACCAAGUACAAAGAGCUUGUAGCCAAGACAUCAAACCUCGAGAACAUAAAGUUUGCCUGGCAUAAGGAGACAUCAUCUGAAUAUCAAAAUAGAAUGAUGCAGAAAAAAGAACUUCAGAAGUGGGACUUUAUUCAUAUGAUUCAGAUGCUGUAUUAUGUAGAAGAUAUUCCAGCCACCCUCAAGUUCUUCCAUAGCCUCUUAGCUAGUCAUGCUAAGAUUCUCAUUAUUCUUGUGUCAGGAGCCAGUGGCUGGGACAAGCUAUGGAAAAAGUAUGGAUCUCGCUUACCCCGGGAUGACCUCUGCCAGUAUGUCACAUCGUCUGACCUCACUCAGAUGCUGGACAAGUUGGGGAUUAAGUAUGAGUGUUAUGACCUUCUAUCCACCAUGGACAUAUCUGACUGUUUUAUUGAUGGCAAUGAAAAUGGAGACCUGCUCUGGGAUUUUUUGACAGAAACCUGCCACUUUAAUGCAACAGCACCACCUGAUCUCAAAGAAGAAAUUAUGAAGGAUCUGCAGGAACCUGAAUUCAGUGUAAAGAAAGGGGGAAAGGUUCUUUUUAAUAAUAGUCUGAGUUUCAUAGUAGUUUGGGGAUAAAUAUCCAUCAUGAGAAUGUAUUCAAAAAUUGUAUUUUGAGCAGCGUUGAUCAUUCACUUAUUUGUGUAUUAAAAUUAUAAAUAAAUCUCAUAAUAUAAACAGAGCAUUUUAUCUUAUAUGUAAAAUCUAGAAAAUUCCAAGACAUUCUUGGACUUUCAUGUAGAAUCAUCUGUUACAUUAUUGGUCUUAUCCCAUCCCUUUUCCAGGUAAAUAGACUACAUACAACAUAAUCUGGAAAAUGAGGCAAUUAACUUUCAUGAGCUUAUUGACAAUAAAAUCCUUUCCAUUUGUUGAUUGUAAUGGAAUUUCCUAGUAUACUACUAGAAUAUAUGCUAUGGAUUUUAAAAAUACUAGUAAAGUAUUUACUUAUUGAUAUCUAGGGUAUUAAUAAAAAUUUAUUGAUUGAUUUUCCCCUCUUGAGAAAGAAGUAUUUGUCAAUGUACAUUAUUUUACUGUGGUUUCUGUCAUAUUUUUAUUGAUUGCUAAAAGUAAGCACUUAGAAUGUUACAAAAUUAACUCUUUGUCAUGUGUUGUUAUUUCCUCCCAUUUUGUUUUCUCCUUUCAUUUUGUGUUUGAUUUUGUAGUAUUCUACUUUUUUGAUAUACUAAAGUUCUUCUAUUUUAU